UACACUCUCUGUGUUCUCUCUCUCUUACUCUGUCAUAACAAGCAAAGCAACCACAAAAAGAAGAAAAGAAGAAAAGAAGAAAAGAUGGGCAUGGUGGUGGUUAUCUCUCUCCCUCUUAUUCUUUUCUCAUUAAUGCUUGGUUUUGGAUGUUACUUCUUUGGAAGAGCUAGAGGAAGGCGAGAAGUACAGACCAACCCACAAGUUUAUGGGAUGCCAACUCCUCCGCCAGGUGCUGCAAAUACCCUUCCUUCACAAUCACCCCUUUUCAAGCCAGAGGGUGCUUCCAAUGUUUGAGUUCAACCAACGCACUACGCAUAUAUCCACACCAUAUCUACCCUCUCUCUUUCCCAUUGUAGUUCCUGAUUUUUUUUGUGCCUUUCUUUCUAUUGGGUUUGGUGUAAAUUGGUUGUUGUAAUUGAAUACUAUAAAAAAGAC